CGUCGCCCAAGCCGUCAAAAUGCCCUACUAACAGACGAGAUAAGAUACUUGUAUUUUUUAUAUAUUUAUUUUACGUUUUAUUACCUUCGUCUUUCGCUUAACCAAAUGGUGAAGACCAGCGGCCAACCUAUUUUCCCGGGGGGAAUGUUGAUGGUGUAACCACACUUCAGAAAAAGACGAUCUCGCAUCUCUUCUCUGUGAAUUUGUUUUAGCCUCAUUUUCCGUCUAAUUAUUUCUAUUUUAUCCACCGUAAAUGAGUCGAAAAGGAGACAGUGAUGAUGAGAAGUGCGGUAAACGACGGGUCGCGUAUGUUUACAGCCCGGAGUACAUCGAGACUUGCGACAGUUUAUCCAAAGUGCCAAACCGAGCGAGUAUGGUCCACUCACUGAUAGAAGCCUAUGGACUCCUCAAACACAUGAACACCGUUAAACCUCAAGUGGCCACCAUUGAAGACAUGGCCAAAUUCCACACAGACUCUUAUCUGGAGCAUCUUCACAAGAUCAGCCAGGAUGGAGACAACGAUGACCCUCAGUCAGUCGACUACGGCCUUGGCUAUGACUGCCCAGUGGUGGAGGGGAUAUAUGACUACGCAGCAGCAGUAGGAGGCGCUACACUGACAGCAGCCCAGUGUUUGCUGGAUCAGAAGUGUGAAGUGGCCAUCAACUGGGCAGGAGGGUGGCACCAUGCCAAGAAGGAUGAGGCUUCAGGUUUUUGUUAUGUGAACGAUGCUGUGUUGGGAAUCCUCAAACUGAGGGAGAAGUACGAGAGAGUCCUCUAUGUGGACGUUGACCUGCAUCAUGGAGACGGUGUGGAAGAUGCCUUUAGCUUCACAUCCAAAGUCAUGACAGUUUCUUUGCACAAGUUCUCCCCUGGAUUCUUCCCAGGUACGGGGGACCUGUGUGACACGGGGCUGGGUAAAGGUCGUUGGUAUGCUGUAAAUGUCCCGCUGGAGGACGGCAUCAAGGAUGACAGAUACUACCAGAUUUUUACAAGCGUAAUGCAGGAAGUGCGGGCAACGUUCAACCCCGAGGCGUUGGUUAUGCAGCUUGGUGCUGACACCAUGGCAGGCGACCCCAUGUGUUCCUUUAAUAUGACCCCAGUGGGGGUGGGCAAGUGUCUGCAGCAUGUCUUGGAGUGGCAGCUACCUACACUGCUGCUGGGAGGAGGAGGUUAUAACCUGGCCAAUACGGCUCGUUGUUGGACCUACCUGACGGCAUCAGUACUGGGAAAGACUCUCUCGUCUGAGAUACCAGACCACGAGUUUUUUACAGAGUACGGACCUGACUAUUCGCUGGAAAUCAGCCCAAGCUGUCGACCAGACCGAAACGACACCAAACACCUGGACCAGGUCAUCAGCACCAUCAAAGGGAAUUUAAAGAAUGUGGUUUAGGAGUCGGCCGCCUCAGCCUCCUCCUCCACGCACACACACACACACCAUGUUUCUAAACCAGGUCGAUGCUCUGCGGCUUUAAUGAAGACAAUAUGGAGCGGACCCCUUCAGCCCCGAGGCACGGAGCGAACGAGGGAGGGAUGAAGGCAGGAAAAAGAGAGCGAGUUUUGGAAAACAUUAGCUGAGUGUUUCCAGGGGAAAACAGUUUAAUAAGGAGGAGGGGGGUGAUGUGGUCGCUGUACAGUGUUCACUGUUUAUAAUCCUUUUGUGUUUCUGGAAAAAGGCAUGUAUGUUUGUGUGAAUGAGAGUUUAUGGUGAGUAGCAGGAUGUUUUUGCACUCAGUUUUUUGGUAUCGUGGGAUGUGUUCGUGUACAUCCUAUCAGUCAGAUAUUUUAAACUAAAUGGAAAAACAGAUUUUUUCAGGUGUCCGGUUUCACGUUCACCCCGGUGCUGCUGUGAUUUUACCCCCGCGAGGACGGAUAAGCACUAAAACAGACAAAAAGCGAAACAGUGAGGUCCCCCAUACACCUUGUUAUCCUUGUAAAAACCCCGGGUUUCUGAGCAGGUCCUGAAAUGAAUUGAGAAACUUGGAAAGUUUACAAAUAAACAGUCUGGAAAAGUUUGGAAAAUAGACAAAAGUUGAUUUGUUCAGCCACAUUGUUUUAACCUCUGGGCAAAAGCUGUAAAUUAAACAUCUGGACAGAGUUUGUUAUUGUCUGUCUAUGGAAAAAAAACCUUUACUUUCCCUGCAUAUUUUCCGUUUAAAAUUCCAAAGAUUUCAUGAACUUUCAGAGGGUUUUUGGACAAAUCAGGAGUCCUAAUCUGUUCUGCUGCUUGAAGAUUGACAGAUGCAGGUUUUCUCACAAGGACUGGAAAUAUUUAUAGGUCACUAAAAAGUUAUUUAUUGCUCUGCACCGUUUUUAACAGUCACUUCCAUUUCACUGUUUAUUACUAAAAACAUUGACCGAAGUCUUGUGAAUCUGCAGGAAAAGUGGGAUUCCAAAAAAUGGAGUCUGCAGUGUAAACAGUUCCUCUGGUUAUAAACCAAACUACUUGAUCUCCACACUAUUUGCCAUUAUAUCAUGUCCCCAAUUACUGCAUAGUUUUUUUGUAAAUGCAAAGAGCUCAGUUGCUUUCUCUCUGUAGGUCUCUAAAACUCUAAAACUAGCUGCAAAGUGCAUCUGAUUAUUCCCAUGUCUGCAGAAAUUUGGAGAACAGAAACAUUUUAUUUAAUCCCCCCAGCUGUAGUGUUUGUGAUGUGGAACAUUAGUCACAUUACGCAGCUGCACUUCAGACUAAAGAGUGACCAAAAGUCUUCAAAUCCUCUGAAUGACGCUGAGGUCAUGUGAGAGUUUGACACAAGUGGUGAAACAAGUGAAGGCUUAAUGUUUGCACCAUCACAGAUUUUUUUUAUUUAUUUUUUGUAUUUACAACUGCACUAAUAAUCUGGAGGAUUGCAUCGAUCAUUCCCCGUUUUUAGGGCCAAUUAGCUUUGAAAACAGUCCAUUUUGACCAUACAAAUAGUGGUUUUACAAAAAAAAAAAAACAUUACUUUUCUUUUGGAAACUUUAACUGCAUGUUGUGGUUUUCCUCAUCUCCACACUCCAAUUUCCAUACUUCUUCAAACUCUAUUUGCUGCCAGAUCUGUUUGAAAGCUCCAAAAAAAAGGCUAGAAAGUAGAUUUUAAGUGAAAAUGUUGGCGUAAAACUACUUAACUAAAGACAUUUUCAGGCAUUAAGAUCAUUAUUUGAAAGAUUUGUUUUUUGUUCCUAUGUUAGAACAUUUUCUUGCCGAUUCUCCCCCAUAAACAAGUUGAUUUUAUCCCUUUAACAAGCUGCUGACUGAAAGAAAAACAUGUUUUAACCUUAGUAACUUCAGUAAAAGUAACACUUUUAAAGGUAAUUUCCACCACAAUGUUUAAAUCUCUGUAUAUGUAUGUGAUAAUGAGAGCUGCAGCAGUAUACCAUUUUCAAGGUAUACUGUGGUAUGAAGACAUUUGCUUUUCUGCGGUAUUGAAAAGAAAAUCUUAAAUUGGAAUAUCUUAACAUAAAUUUCAGCCAUUAAAAUGUUUGACAAUUGAAAAGAAAGGAUUUUUUUAUGUUAAUGCAUAUGUUUUCACAGAAUGACUUUUUUAAAUAAUCUGUUGGCAUUUUUUGAUGCACGCACCACGGGCAGACAGGAGAGCAUGUUGUUGUCAUGUGUCUGCGCUGCGUGUUUAAGUGGUGAUUUAUGCAGUGUGGGCUGCUUAAUAGAGGCUUUAAUGGAGAGCUUUUGAAAGAGGAACCACAAAUGUCGGGCAGUUUCCUUUAGAAGUGAUGUUCCCCAAAUUAAUGGCCUGGAAAUUCACACCAAAUGUAGGAGUCACCAGUUGGAGCUGGCAUGUGCUGAGCAGAAGUGAGUGUGUUCAAUGUGUGUGUGUGUGUGUGUGUGUGUGAGUGUGAGAGGGAGAGGAUUCCCUGUGAUCUUUAUGAACACUGCUGCGGUCACCUCAGUGGUUUGAGCCCAACGUAGCCGAAGCAAAUGAAACUCAUUACACCGUUUACGAGUUCGGAAAAGGAGAGACGAUUGAAAUUCUAUCUCAUAAACUCGGGGGGGGGGGGGGGGGGUUACACGGUGAUCGGGCUGAGGGGCUGUAAACAUGAGAGACGUGAGAGACUUUGUGUGUGUUUAUGUAGUUUUCUUUGCUCCGCAGAGUCAAAUUAGAAAAACUUGAGGGGCCUCCAGGGGAUUCAGGGCACCGCUGGAAUCCCUGGAUUGCAUAUUGGCAAAAAGCAAAAAAAGAUCGAUGUCUUCUAUGGUGACCCGUACAAUCUUAUUUUAGCAGGAAACUCUGUCUUCUAGUUGUUUACAGUCAGAUAUGUGGCCAAGCAAAACUAAGUACGUAAUACCAAAAAAUACCAAAAGCUCUUGGGCUCAUUUCUCUGAUGUUUUGUUGUCAUAUUCUAAUACCAAAACUUUCCCAUGUCUUCAGUCGCACUAAACACUUAUGAAGCACAUUAUUAUGUUUCAAAACAAUACCGUAAGACUUACAUCCAUAGUUGACAAUUCUGCACUAACCAUGUAUUCAAAGUCAAUGCAGAAGUAGUUUGUAGCUUCACAAACCUGCAGACAUUUGCAUUUUACUAACUGAAACUGUGUUUUAGUUGGACCUUAACCACAGUCCCUUUGUCACAAUCACAAUCUUUCCCUUUAACUACUAGUGCAUUGCCUGUUCAAAAUUUGCCUUUUCCCAAUGGGAAUAACUUGGCCUCUGAUAUUUCUGCUUGCAGCUUUCUUAAGAAUCGCUCAUACAAACAACUUCAAAGCAAUUCAACACUGCACUACCUUGGACAUAUUUUCUAGCAAUGCUAGUCUACAAGUUUAGUUGCUAAAAGAAAAUGCUGGCACUGUAUGUGUUUGCAAACCACAAAUAUGUUAUUAAAAUUAUUAUUAAGUGACAUAGUGUUUACAGCUUCAAACGUGGGUGUUUUGUAGCAACCCAUCAGCAGGGAUAGUGCCACGAAAAGUGGUUGUUUUUUGAAAGAAAUGUUGGUACUUUUUCUCCUGGGAUUGUGCCCCCAUUUGUGAAAUUUUUAGCCAAAAUAGGAUCUUUUCUUAACCAUAACCAACUGCUUUGUGUGCCAUUUAGUGGUUUCAACUUAGUUUCAGCUUAUCUAUAUUAAUAACAUGCAAAUAUAUGUGGUUUGCGGAAACAUAUAAUGCCAAACAUUUUUUUGGCAAUCGGGUUGGUGUACUCGUCAUUUGCUAACAGCUUGCUAUUUCGGACCUGGCUAUUUCCAGGAACACAAGCUUUUAUUAAAAAAAAAUACAGUGCUGAUGCUUGAAAUGUUUGAGUUUGAUUUAGUUUAACAUCUCGGUUCUCUCUGUCCUCAUCUGGUUUUGAGUAUACUAUUGCAAGCGGCACAGAGCAAACUGUAGCCAGCAAGCUGUUGGGCAAAUUAAAGUUAAUAGUUAAUAGUCUUAAUAUUCUAAAUUGUGUACAAAACACUCCACUAACGAAUAUGUUUUGUUGAUCUCAAGAGCUCACACUUGACACUACACCUCCUAUGGUCCUCAGCAAUACACUCACCAAGUGUUAAAGUCGAUCGAAUGAUCAAGACUGUCAAAGUACAGAAAAACAGAGACCCCUACCUUUUUAGUUAGUUACUGAGCACAGAAUUGUAUAAAUCUUGGACACAAAUAACAUGUCACUGAACAUAAUCCAGGAUUUUGCAGAAUUGGUAGGAUCAACAUUUUUGUCUGGCAAUAGCAUUGUCUGUUUUGACCAAUGAGCCCCCCAAGAGGGGGCUUUACUGAGCUCUUCGAGGAAGAACGAAAACUCAGAACCCCCUAAAUCUGUAAUAACAAACAAAUUUAGAAGCAGCAGUUGUAGUGGGACACAGAGUUUCGAGAAUAUUGAACAGUACAAGACUGCAGUUCAAGAAUAUGCUCCAGGUGCACAGUCCUUAAGGCCUCAGUCUGCUUCAGGCAAACCGAGUCAUACAAAGCCUAAAGGCAAAAGUGUUUUUACAUUUUGCGACACUCAAAGACGAGACAAAAACCUGCAAGAUGUUUCACACUGCCUGCCAAAUCUCUCUCCAAGAAGCUUGAUGUCAAUCAUCAAGUGCUUCAGUGAUGUUGCACAUGAGAGAAGUAGUUGAGUGAGAGAAAAAAAAUGAGCAUCUUAAAAGUUAAAACCUUACCUACUUUCCACCUCUGCUCAUGCUGCUGCACAAACUGUGCUGUGAAUUAGACGAGACUAUCGGCUUGUCGGUUCGGAAAACUAAUGAAACAGUUCCCUCCAAUUCUGAGGGAAGACAAUUCGACGAGCACUUUUAAGGAUUCUGAGGGUUUUUCGUCUUUCUGUUGGUGCGCAAAAGCAAACUACUUUCCUACAAGUUUACAUUAAGUAUACGGGGUUAAAACACAAACAAUUCACUAAUUUAAUGGCUGUAGAAUAUCUUUUUAUGUCUUUAGUAUUAGACUUUAGUCAUUUGCUAAGUUCGGUGGAUAAAAAUGUAGGUCCAUUAAAGAAAAGCUCACUGUCUCAUCACUUUUUUAAGAACAACUGGUCCCAGUCAGGCUACUGUACAUGUUACAUAACAGUUGACUACUUGCAGCCCCAUUUUCAUGGAAUUUAAAUUACCUAGAGACAAGAUUAUGGAGACUUUGUGUCAUUUCAAAAUCCCACAUAAACCAGCCGUGUGAUGCAACAUAUUCUGUAAAGGAAAAACGAUCUUCCACAUUACAGUGAAGACGGAGCUUCUCUGCCAGCAUUGAGCUGUAAUUUGUAUUUGGCUCAAAUUGUCUUCCUCUGGAUGCAUCCAGAUUUGUUUUUUUCCCAUAUGAAAAUGGCAGGCCGUGUUGGAAUCUAUGGAGUAAGUUUUUGGAUUCAGUUUGGUUCAAUAGGAAGGUGCUGAGUUGUUAAGUCUUAUACAGUUGUAUCCAAGGCUAAUUUUGUUAUGCUCAGACACUCCAUCAGUUUCUUUAAACCUUGAUAUAGCUCCUGAAAAAGUUAAUUGUCAGUUCAAAAACACAGAAAGAAAUGAUAUAACUGCAGCUAAACAACUGGAUCCACUGAGAUCUAAAAGUUCUCAUUCACUGGGUUUCUUCUGCACCUUUCCAUGACAAAAAACAAACUUUUCCAACGACUUUUAUGCAAAUCAGUGCCGGGCCCCUUCACCACUCAGCCCAUGCUUUGAAUAGUGUCAUCUGACCCUCGCUGUUGAUUAGUUUAGAUAGACCAAAAGCCUCGUUCUUCCUCUUCCCUUGUUUUUCUUUGGUCACUGUUGGGUAAAAACUUUUUCAGUUGUCUAAACAUUUGCAUAGGGCUGUUUUAAAGAUAGUGAAAUUUCCAAAACAUUGCAGAAAGGAUCUUAUUUUGGACAACAAAAAGAACCUAAAUUAUCAGGGAAGCACAUGCAGUGUUUAAAGGUGUCAUCACUUUCAACAAAAGUCCCGUUGGUGUCCUGGCAGUCUGACCAACAUGCUAUUUGUCCUGCUAAGAUGGAAAUCACAAACGGUUUGUUUGAUUUGCAUAACGUCUCCCCUCGGGGGAACAAAGCGGCGGGGGCCCACCGUCUAUACGUCCUCCUCCUCAUCAACAUGUGAAGUGUCUGCGGUCAAUGGCGGAGGGGAUUUACUCGCACAAUAAAGACAGAUGCCACCUUUUAUCUGCUUAACGGAAGAGAGGCCGAGCGCGUGGCACUUGACCACGCCGACGCAUGUUGUUGGCGCGUAAUGACGUCCUCCUCUCCACAGACUAUUGACAUGAAUGCUGAAUGGACUUGUUCUUUUUUUAGCAGGACGUGGGGGAGGGAAAGAGGAGGUUUUUUAGGGGAAUGAAUUGAUGGAGGUUCCCCAACGACACUUUGGGUGAUUUUUCUUUUUUGCCCCCCAAACAGCUUUUGUUUGUCCUUUAUGAAUAAAAUAGGCUCAGAGGAGAAGAGAAUCUGUUUUUCAGCAGAUCUGGUGUUGAGUCUGAGGUGCUUUAGUGACAAACUUUUAAACAUUUAAACAGUCCAACAGGCCUAUCCUAUAACCACAGACAGUCGGCUAUCUCCUCUGAUACCUGAUAUUUAGCAGAAAGUAGU